AUGGAGUCAAAGCACAUUAAGGCAGUGGAGGAACCUUGGAGGCAGUUCAGUCAAUAUAAUGCACUAGGUCAGAUGCUUCUGACUAACCAGCGUCUGGACAGGCUGGCGGCGUCAUGGGUAGAUUUCUGCACUCGUGGAAUGCUCUCAGAUACCUGUCUAACAUCUAUUCUUGCAGCACUUGAACUGUCAGCAGAUGCACCUGUGCAGGCUGAGCCCACCAGUGCAGAAGAGUAUAAUCCAAACCAACAGGAACCACCUGUUGUGCACCAAAUUGACAGCAUACCUGACAUUGAUGUCAUUGCUGACUCCGAAGAUAUUGAUGCACCAACUUCAGUACUCGCACAUGUUCAACUAGCCUGA